AUGGCUUUAAACUACCUUAUGUGGAAUGGAUAUUUGGUUCGAAAAAGCAAGGACGAGGUACUUCUGAGGUGCCUUGGAAAGCAAGAAUACAUGAAGGUCAUGGGAGAAACCCAUGAAGGAAUCUGUGGAGCUCAUCAAGGUGGAAGGAAAAUGUGCUGGUUAAUUAGAAGGUAUGGCUCCUUCUGGCCAACCAUGAUGAAAGAUUGCAUUGACUAUUACAAGGGAUGUGAGGCUUGUCAAAGGCACGGCCCAAUCCAGCAAGCUCCUUUAGUUCCCAUGAAUCCAGUAGUCAAACCAUGGCCAUUCAGAGGAUGGGCAAUGGAUCUCAUUGGCAAGAUCUAUCCAGCCAGUAGCAAGCAACACUGUUUUAUCAUUGUAGCUACAGACUAUUUCACCAAAUGGGUGGAAGCCAAGCUUGUUAAAUCCACUACAUCUCAAGAAAUUAUCACCUUCAUAGAAAAGCAUAUCAUACAAAGGUUUUGCAUUCCAGAAUCAAUCACAACUGACAGGGGAUCUUCUUUCAUAUCUGGAGAGAUGCUAGAUAUGGCAGAAGCGUUCAAAUUCAAGCUGCUUCAAUCCACUCCUUAUUAUGCUCAAGCCAAUGGGCAGGUAGAAUCAAGUAACAAGGUUAUCAUCAACAUUAUCAAGAAAAUGCUUGAGAAAAAUCCAAAGCAGUGGCAUGAGAAAUUGUCAAAGACUUUGUGGGCAUAUAGAACUUCAAAGAGAAAGGCAACUGGCAUGACCCCAUAA